AUGGAGUGUUCGAGUAAAUUCCUCAGAGAUCCCCAAAAGCCGCAAUUGACCUCCUGCAAACAUUUUUGCAAACACCACCACCAACACCACCAUCCGUAUUGGCUACCACCAGUACCGACUACCACCAUCAGAAACAAUGGCAUCCUCCUCCUCAGCAACAGCUAUGGCAGCUACGACAACACUCCACCCCUGGGAAACCGAAGCCCUCAAAGAGACAACCUGGAAAUUCGAAGGUCAGUUGCGAAAAUUCACAGAGGCGGAAGCAAAAGCUUUGAUCAUCAGUCAUGGCGGACGAAUGGCAGAGCAAAACGAAACUCCAACUCACACCCUCCAAGCCGGCUCCGAAGGCACUUAUUUUGUUAUAUACGGCGGCAACAAAACCGGGCACAUCUACGAGCCCGGCUUUAUCUCCUACAUCCGCAGCAACGCGAUCGGUAAGCGCAUGAACUUUGCCAAACCCGGGUGUCUUGAAGAUCUGGUAUUCGUCGUUCUCGGGACCCUGCCGUGGUUGACGAUAAACGAGGUUGAGGAGAUUGUCAGAGAGAGUGGCGGGCAUGUCUUCCCUCGUCGCCCCCCCCCCACCCCGCCCCCACCCCCCCGCGCGCGCGCACAGCAGGUAUAUAUAGAAAGCGAGAAUUGACUUGGUGAUAGUGCCCUCCUCCGCAAAGGCAAACGUCAAAAAGUCCCCAUUGAGAAGCCCCUCGAUUACAUUAUCGUCGGUGAAGGCGCGGACCCAGCGGAUAUUCAAGCGGCAAGGAGCUUGGGCAUUGACGUUAUCGAUGAGCAAGGUUUAUUCGAUGUCGUCCAUGAUAAGGAUCAGAUGAGGACCAAAAAGACUGGUGUCACCGAGAGCCGGGCCGAGAAGUUUUUCAAGUCCUUGAGGGAGAGAGAUGAGAAGGAGAAGGAGAAGGAGAAGGCGGGGGAGGGGAGUGGUGGCGUUUCUAUGGACAAUCUCGCUGGCACCCAGUACCCAGCCCCAGUGGGAGCUCCAAAGCUAAUGGCAGGUGGCAUGGUGAAUAACCCGGAGGGUUCCCUCACCCCUGGUGCAAAGCGCAAGGAGAGCUAUCCAUCCGCGGGUCCCGAUGGCGCGAACCCGCCGCCGCAGAAAAGGCAGGAGAUAUCAGCGAGUGAUGCAAAUACACCCAUCGUCCUAGAGUGACUCAAAAAUCAGUCAGCUCUUAUUUCCCUAACAGAACGGGACAGUUUAUCACCAUUCUUAUCGAUAGCUUUUUUCUGUAUAGCACAUGAUGAGCAAACUUCAUAUUUCUAAGUUCUGGAUAUUCUAAUUUUGACAAGCGAA